GAAAGCUGAAGCCAGACAAAUUCAAAUUAGAAAUAAGGCACAGUGCUUUAACAGAGAGGGUAAUUAACCAUGAGAACAAACUACGAAGGGCAGUGUUGGGAUUCUCCAUCUCUUGAUGUCUUCAAAUCAAGACUGGGUGCCUUUCUGGAAGAUAUGCCUUAGCCAAACACAAGUUACUGGGCUCAGUGUAGGGAUAAUGGAGUGAAAUUUCACUUUCCAUGAAGUUUCAUGAACCAGUUCUUUUUGCAAAUGGGCUCUGAAAUUGUCUUCCAGCACCACCUUAAUCUGAGACAGACAUCUGCCUCAUCAAAGUACUGAUGACAUGGUGGUAGCAGUAAAUCCAGACUGAAGAUGCUGCCACAGAUUGAAGGAGGAUAGCUCAGGAGAUGGAGUAGCUAUUCUACUAUUUUUUUCUAGGUUCAAGUGCAGCAAAAUCUCACUUGAAUCAAAAUCAUUUUAGGGCAUCCAUUUAAUCAGAAAUCAGAGAUGAGAAUCACUGGAGUGUGCUGCUAAUCUAUAAACCUCUAGACAGCUAAGGCUUCCCAGAGAAUCCAAGAGAUACUGUCUGAAACUGAAGUUCACAAGACUCUCCUUGGGAGUCUGAAACAUCUGUGUAGACAACACCUCUGAUACAAUUGUGCAAAACCUCUGACGUUUUUGGAUUCAUCCAGGCCACUAAGGGAUUUGGUCACCAUCUACCUUGAGUCUGGGAAUCGCCCACUGCUAGUUCUCUGGUGGCAACAAAGGAGGUGACCCACACCCAAAUGGGCAGUAUGUGACCAUCACAAGCCAUUGACCAGCAGGGGAAUUGUAAAGAAGAGAUUUACAAUUCUGUAAGAGACAGUUGCGCAAGCACCACACAAUGGGGAUUGCUCAACUCUAUGACUCAGCUAGGACCAUCAGGACAUGUCUGGGCCAGUAUCUUUCCUGGGACGUGAAUAAAGAGUAUAAAAUAAGGGACAGUGGCAUCAUGAGACUACUUCUCUCCUCCCCCACCUACACUGAAGGCAACAAUAAUGAUGGGAAGACAAAGACUUCAAACUGAGAAGGAAAUUCAGCUUGUGUAUUAAGAUAUGUAACCUGCUUGCGACAUCCUGUGGGCUGGGAAAAGCUGUUUGAUUCAAAUCCUCCUUAGUCUAAUAGAGUUUAGGAUUUAGACUGUGAUUUUACUUUUUAUUUCUUAGAAUGUGUGGCCAAAACGGGGAUGAUCUUGCUCUGUGGAGAGAUCACGUCCAAAGCUGUAGUGGAUUACCAGCAAAUUGUGCGAGAGACCCUCAAGAGGAUAGGCUAUGAUGACUCUUCAAAAGGAUUAGACUAUAAGACUUGUACAGUGCUGGUAGCUCUAGAACAACAGUGUGAAGAAAUCAAACAUGCUGUCUCCCAUGGCAAGAGUGAAGAUGACAUUGGAGCUGGGGACCAGGGUUUGAUGUUUGGUUAUGCCACUGAUGAAACUGAAGAAUGCAUGCCUUUAACAAUCCUACUUGCACACAAACUUAAUGCAAAGAUUAAAGCCCUGGAGAGGAAUGGAACAUGGGCCUGGAUUAGACCAGAUGGGAAAACGCAGGUCACAAUGGAAUACAAGGAAAAGGAUGGAGCAGUGGAGCCCAUCCGUGUACACACAUUGGUGAUCUCUGUACAUCAUGCACCCGAUAUGUCUGUACAACAAAUGCGGAAAGAACUAAUGGAAAAAGUUGUCAAAGAAGUUAUUCCAGCAAAAUAUCUAGAUGAGAACACAAUCUAUCAUCUCCUUCCGAGUGAAGUGUUUAUAGAAGGUGGUCCUAAGGGGGAUGCGGGACUGACUGGCCGAAAGAUCAUUGUUGAUACCUAUGGAGGCUGGGGAGCCCAUGGUGGAGGUGCUUUCUCUGGGAAAGAUCCUUCCAAAGCUGAUCGCUCAGCAGCAUAUGCCGCUCGCUGGGUUGCAAAAUCCCUAGUGAAAGCUGGUCUCUGUAGAAGAGUAUUGAUCCAGCUGUCUUAUGCUAUUGGUCUGAGCCACCCUCUCGCCAUUUCCGUAUUCCACUACGGCACUUCAGAUAGAUCAGAAGAAGAGCUGCUUGAAAUUGUACAGAAAAACUUUGAUCUACGCCUUGGAGUCAUUAUAAG